GAUAGCAGUCGUAGGGAGGAAGGGGAACAUCAGGGAAUGACUAGGCAGCUUUUUCAUUCAACACCGAGACGAAUGCUUGACUUUUUAGUCAGUUAGCUACCCUAGUUAGCUACUUAGCUACAGAUCUGCUUCUCACCGUAUUAAGUUGGCUCAGGGCUAGAGUUCAUCGUUUAACGACUCCAGCUGGUCCAGCGGAGAGCUAGCUAGCUAAAUUAUACACUUGAUCACGGUUAGCUAACGAGAUAGCUGCCCAUUGUUCAGCAAACAUCUUAAGUCUCCAGUUGUCACACACGACAUUUUGCCUACAACCGAUAACUAGGGACAGGUAGCCAGUGAUGGUCUGCGAUUCCGACAUGUCUCUGGCCUUGCUAGUUUGGCUCAAAGCCUCAUGUCGCCAGCAGUCCCUGGGUUCUGUUGUGAUGUUGUCAGUAUCGUCAAGACUCGGACUGAAAUACCCUCGCAAGAAACAUUACCCUAGUAACACCUGUCUGACAAGGAGAUAAGAACAUACCGCCUCAUUUAAGACAAACGCGCAUAAAACCAACUUGUCUGAAGAUCAGACAUAAAGCAUUUUUAUAUCAGAUCAGAUAUAAAGUAUUUUUAGUACAAGAGACAGAGGGUGUUGCUGUUAUGUCUGAUCUAGGCUCUAGUAGUGAAGGGGGAGCUUUAGCAGGGCAGGAGCCUGAAGCUACUGAGGAGGCAGAGCCUCCUCCACCCUGCACGGAACACCAGGAGGUGGAGGAUGCACCACCUGCUGUCAAGCAGCCAUGUGUAGGUGAAGGCAUACAGGUGGCCCUUGCCCUGUCUGAAUCAUGCACAGAGACCAUGUUGGGAGUUGGUGAGGAUCAAGCCUCAGAACUAGUGCUCGGUCUUCCAGGGGACAGUGGUGAUGGAGUUCCAGAAGUAAGGCAAGGAGAGGAGCAAUUGUGCCAAAACGGAGAAGAGGAAGGAACGAUGAUCAAAGAGGGUGAGGGAGGAGCAGAGCUUGGGGACAGCAGUCCAGAGGACAGUGUGUGUCGGAGCCAGUACCUGGGUCUGGAUUUCGGUCUGAAGCCCCAGCUGUUGACAGGUUCCUGGGCAGAAUACACCCAUUCUCCUGAGAACUACCUCAAAGGCUGCAAAUGGGCGCCAGACGGUUCCUGCAUCCUGUCGAACAGUGCAGAUAAUGUGCUGCGUGUGUAUAACCUCCCACCUGAGCUCUACAGCAGCAACUGGGAGGAGCUCUCAGAGAUGAGUCCUGUGCUGCGGAUGACUGAGGGAGACACCAUCUAUGAUUACUGCUGGUUCCCAAAGAUGAACUCCCUGGACCCAGAUGCAUGUUUUAUUGCAAGCAGUAGCCGUGACAACCCUGUCCAUAUAUGGGAUGCCUUCUACGGUGACCUCCGUGCAACCUUUCGACCCUACAACCAUCUGGACGAGCUAACGGCCGCCCACUCUCUGUGUUUCUCUCCGGACGGCUCCCGGCUCUACUGUGGCUUCGACAAGGCCGUGCGGGUGUUCCGCACGGAUCGUCCGGGCAGGGACUGUGAGGAGAGGCCCACUGUAGUUAAGAAGCAGGGACAGAGUGGUAUUAUCUCCUGCAUGGCGUUCAGUCCCUUCCAGGCGGUGUACGCUUGCGGGUCGUACUCCCGCACUGUGGGGCUCUACUCGUGUGACGACGGCUCUCUGCUCGCCCUCCUGCCCCAGCGCCACCGCGGAGGACUCACCCACCUGCUUUUCUCACCCGACGGGCACCACUUGUACACUGGCAGCCGCAAGGACCCAGAGAUCCUAUGCUGGGACCUCAGGGACCCGGGUCAGGUUUUGUUCUCACUGCCCAGAACUGUGAGAACUAAUCAGCGCAUCUACUUUGACCUGGACCCGUCUGGCCGAUACCUGUUAAGUGGUGACACGGAUGGGGCAAUGUCAGUAUGGGACACACUCACAGCGCCUCCUGAUGGUAAUGAAGAGGUACUGCAGCCUCUCCUUCAGUUUCAGGCUCACAGAGACUGCACCAACGGAACCAGCGUCCACCCCUUCAUGCCGCUGGUGGCGUCGUGCAGCGGUCAGCGUCACUUCCCGUCGCCCGGUGAUGCCUCCAGCUCUGACGAGGAUGGGGUGAUGUCAUCAGACAGCAUCGGCGUGGACAAUGCGCUCACGCUGUGGUGGGCUGGACCACAGGGCUCAACCAGCAAAGAGGGGCAGGGGCAACCCAUGCCCCACGACACCGGAGUUUAGCAGCCGUAACCACUAAACCCAGACCUUCAAACUGCCUGUUUUAUAAUGGUGAAUGUAAUGGUCAAAUCCAGAUUUAUGCGACGCCCUUAAGAAUUUCUUACGUCUCUUUCACUGAUACAGUCUAGGACCAACGAGUUGAAAGAUUUGAUUGUUUUUGAUUAUUAAAAAGCUUUUAGUUCUUUUUGAUGUAAGCCCUUUAUGCGGUGGAUUAUGAGGAGAAAUGAACUGUGGAAUGUAAGAGCUCAGCCAGUCAAUGUGUGUGAGUUCCAAGGCCUGCACCAGACUCUGCUCCUGUAACAGUUCGCCUCAUCACAGCACCAUCAACUAUCAGGCAUGUUUGCCUUUCAUGUAAGAGCGUUAUAGUUUGUGAAAAGAAUUAGCUGAACUGCAGUACGCUCGCGGCUUUUUCCUGUUCUCUGUCGGGUCAUGUUGGGGCCGAUUAAGGGGAGAAGUGAUGCAAGUGGGUCUGGACACACACUCACCGCCCACCUCUCCUCUGCUCUGACCCACACGUGCUGGAGAUUUAUUAUUGUGUGCCAUGUUUUAGCCUUGUGCGUUAGUGAAGUGUUUUUCUCCGAGUCAGUGGUGUGUGUGUGUGUGUGUGUGUGUGAGACAGCAAGCUUCAGCUGAUCACUCUGUUUUGUUCACUGAAUCUCAAUGAAUCACUGACUGAUUCUGUAUAUCCAUGUUUACAGGUGUUUUGUGUGGGGGGAACAGUCAGCUUUUGAUGAUUUUGCGUGUGCUAUUUUUGUAUGCAAGGCUGUGUUGUGGGGUUGGGUUUUUUUGUUUUGUUUUUUGGAUGCAGAUGUUAAUACUUCACCUUUGCCAGACGUGCUCCUUGUUUGACGUGCAGUAUUGUUUGUAGAUGGAUCAUUUCAUAAUAUUGUAAAUCUUCAUGCAAAUAAAAAUGUCUUUUUGCAAACCUCUGAA